AUGUGCCACUGGGCCGGCCACAGGCUUCCUUCCCUCUUGCCUCGGAACAAGAGUCGUGUCUCCGACAAGAGACCCAGCUCCACCACGCUUGCUACCCUGGCGCGCGCCGUCAACGUUGACAAGGCCUCCCAAAGGUUUACAGACUUCCAGAGUCAUCAGACGAAGAUUCUCGCCCAACACUUCGGACAACAUCCCUGCGUCUACAGCCAGAUCAUCCCUAAACGGUGA